AAAAAAAAAAAAAAAAAAAAAAAUGAAUCAGUCGCGUCGUUUCUUAAUUUUAACUCAAAGUCUUUCGUCAAGACAUGGUUGUAGACCUGUGGUCUUUUUUACCUCAAGUAUUCGAUUGAUCACAAAUCACCAAUGGGUCUUUGCUUCGACAGCAAGUAUCCCCGUUGCCUCUGCCACCACUGCUUCAACUUCACGCGGCUUCUCAGUUUACUCUCAGACUUCAAAUUCGAAGCAAUCAAGCAGCAACAAUUGCAAUCACAACAACAAUAUGAUCGAAUCUCUAUUGUCGCAGAACCUGUAUGAUACCGACUCAAGGGGUAAGCGGCCUUAUGAGAGCGGACAAGAACCUGGGCCUCUGCAUGGCAUCCGAGUAUUAGAUUUGACGCGCGUCCUUGCUGGUCCAUAUUGUACACAGCUCCUUGGCGACCUCGGAGCUGAAGUGAUCAAAGUCGAGAAUCCGAAUGGCGGAGAUGAUACCCGCGCAUGGGGACCACCUUUUGCUAAGAACUUUGAUGGAACUGAGACUGAGAGUGCAUACUUUCUGAGCGUAAAUCGAAACAAGAAAUCGAUCACAGUCAACAUCCGAUCAGGAGCAGGUCGCCAACUAAUAUAUGAUCUCGUCAAGAAAGCGGAUGUCUUCAUCGAAAACUAUAUACCUGGCAAGCUUGCAGACAUGGGGUUAGGUUACAGCGAUCUGAGUGCUCUGAAUCCUAGAUUAGUCUAUGCAUCCAUUACUGGGUAUGGACAGACUGGACCUUACUCCAGUAGGCCCGGCUAUGAUGUGAUGAUUGAAGCUGAGGCUGGAUUAAUGUUUAUUACAGGUGAAGAGCAUGGCCCUCCAGUCAAGGUUGGAGUAGCUGUUACUGAUCUCACUACGGGACUUUAUGCACAUGCCAGUAUUUUGGCAGCCCUUUUCGCUCGAAACCGCACCGGCCGUGGUCAACACGUCGAUUGCUCGUUACUCGAGUCUCAAGUGGCAACUCUAGCUAACAUCGGAAGCUCUUACCUGAUUGCUGGCAAGGAGGCGAAGCGAAUGGGUACAGCACACCCUUCGAUUGUGCCAUAUCAGGUCCUUCAAACCCGCGACUCUCAUAUUAUGAUCGGUGCUGGCAAUGAUGGUCAGUUUCGCACCCUCUGUAAGGUCUUGCAAUUAGAUACACUCGCAGAUAAUCCACGCUACAAGACCAACCGCGACCGAGUAAGCAACCGAGAUGAACUAAUCCAAAUUCUCACGAACCGUUUGAAAUCCGAAAACAAAUCGUUCUGGAUGAAAGCAUUGGAGGGUCGAGGUGUGCCAUUUGCGCCGAUCAACAACAUUGCAGACACGUUUGCUCACCCUCAAGUCCUGGCACGAGGCAUGGUCCAAGAGGUUGAGCACCCUAAAGCAGGCAAGAUCAAAUUGUGUGGUCCGCCAGUCAAAUAUUCGGACACAAAGCCAACGAUCAGGACCCCUGCUCCAUUGUUGGGAGAGCAUACAGAUGAGGUACUGGCGGAUAUUCUAGGCUAUGAUGAAAGCACAAUCCUAGACUUGAAGCAGAAGAACGCUGUAUAAACCAAA